AUGAGCGCGGACUGCGGCAGCUUCCACAACACGGACGGCGUGUUGGUGGCCGGCUUCUCCUGCCCCAAACCGGGCAGUAACCCGUCCUCCGUGUACUGCUGCGGCUUUAACGACGUCAAGUACUGCUGCGAUGAUCCCAACAGCUUCUUCCCUUACGAGUACGGAUACAUGUGGUGGCUGAGUAUUGGUGCCUUGGUGGGUCUAUCUAUUGCCGCUGUCGUCCUCCUUGCCUUCCUCAUCGCUGUGUGUGUCCUUUGCUACCUCUUCAUUGUCACUAAACCCAAUCACCUUGACAACGGCCUACCCCUUAGAGCGCAAGGAGGAGGUUCCGGCGAGGGACCGAGCGAUGUGACGACGAGCAGCAUCUCCGGCCCGCAGGGAUUCAGAAAACAUUUGAUGAACAGGAAAGUGGACUCGGCUAAUGAAACAUCAGACCCUGACCGCCUUUUCCAGAAGUGUUUCCCAGCUGCAGUGACUGGUGUGACAGUGGAAAGCUCCUCAUAGUCCACUAACCAAACUUCUUGUUCAAGAAUAGAAGUGACGGAGCACCGGUCAAGAAUCUGGAGCUUUGUGGAAAGGAGUCUUCUUGGUUGAGAGGAA